GGGGACGACCCCGAGAGCGGGGAGGCUCGCCGCGAGUCUAGAGCCAGGAGUCCUGUGUCUCGGGCUCCUCCAGCCCCGGCUCCACCUCACACUCGCUGCGUGAGUGAUGGGCAAGUCACCCUCCUCUCUGGACCUCACUUGCAACCCAAAAGGGCUGAGCUGAGACGCCGGAAUGAAAUCGUGGCACCCGAGAAGCCUCGGGUCCACCCCUCCCGAGACCUGCGUGGAGACACCGGCAGAGGGAAGACAUAAUGUCAAGUGGAGAUGAUCGGCAGUCACAGGCUCUUGCCAAACCCAGUUUCAGUGACAUACAAGUCUCUGCAUUAGUGGAAUCGGUAUUUGGGCUAAAAGUUUCCAAGAUCCAGCCACUUCCUAGUUAUGAUGACCAAAACUUUCAUGUAUGUAUUUCAAGAUCCAGAGACAGUACAGAUGGCCCAACUGAAUAUGUCCUCAAAAUAAACAACACUGAGUCUAGCAAAAAUCCAGACCUGAUUGAAGUGCAGAAUCACAUCAUCAUGUUUUUGAACGCGGCUGGAUUUCCAACAGCCUCUGUGUGUCGUACUAAAGGAGACAGCACAGCCUCUAUAAUAUCCAUAGAUAGUGGCUCUGAAAUCAAAAGCUACUUGGUGAGGCUGCUGACUUACCUCCCAGGAAGACCCAUAGCUGAGAGUCCUAUCAGCCCCCAGCUAUUAUAUGAAAUUGGAAGGCUAGCUGCCCAAUUGGAUAAGACACUGGAGAAAUUCCAUCACCCAAAGUUAAGUUGUCUUCAUCGGGAGAACUUCAUCUGGAAUCUGAAAAAUGUUCCUCUUCUGGAGAAAUACCUGUAUGCCUUGGACCAGGAUAGAAAUCAAGAGAUUGUUGAGCAGGUCAUUAAGCUGUUCAAGGAGGAAGUGAUGACCAAAUUAAGUCUUUUUCGAGAAUGUAUCAAUCAUGGAGAUCUUAAUGACCAUAACAUUUUAGUAGAGUCCAGCAAGUCAGCCUCUGGAGAUGCUGUUUAUCAAGUGUCUGGGAUUUUAGACUUUGAUGACAUGAGCUAUGGCUACUAUGUGUUUGAAGUGGCAAUCACCAUCACGUACAUGAUGAUUGAAAGUAAGAAUCCUAUACACGUAGGAGGUCACGUCCUUGCAGGGUUUGAAAGUGUAAUUCCACUGACAGCUGUGGAGAGGGGUGCUUUGUUUCUACUAGUAUGCAGUCGUUUUUGUCAGUCACUUGUCAUGGCUGCAUACUCUUGCCAGCUACACCCAGAGAACAAAGAAUAUCUCAUGAUUACUGCAAAAACCGGGUGGAAGCACUUACAGCAAAUGUUUGACAUGGGCCAGAAAGCUGUAGAAGAAAUCUGGUUUGACACUGCCAAGUCCUAUGAAUCUGGGAUCUCCAUGUGACUAGAUAAAAGUUCACAUUAACUUGGAUAAUUAAAAACCCAACAGGACCAAAUCAAAUUUUAUGAAGGAUUUUCCUGCAUAAUUAAAAAUGAAUUGAUAGAUUAAUUUGAAUAUGACAAAGCACAUAAAACCUCUAAGGUCUUCAAGCAAUCUCAUGACCAUUUUUUAAACUUAGGAAAGUACUACAUGAAGAGCAAAAAAAAAGGAAGUACUAUGUGAGCAAGCAUGUCUUGAAUCAGAUAAUCUCUCGCUCUAUUCCAGCCCCAAGAUCAAUGACUUUUUUAAACUUUGAAAGAAAUAUAGAUAUGUAGAUAUAUUCACAUAUUUUAAAUAACUGGACAUAAUGUACAGACCUAUUCUAUGAAACUUUCUCUGAUCCCUCCUUUCUCUAGAAUCCCAUUGCAGUGUUUUUCAUGGCAUAUCACUUUGUAUAAUGGAUUAUGGUUGUGCAGUCAUCUAGCCUGAGAGCUGUAUGAGGGCAGAGACCAUGUAAAACUUGUUUUUGUCUCUCCGUCCAUUCUUCUCACACCUGAUAUAGUGCCUUUCCCACAGAAAGAUUUUUAAAAUAAUUUGCAAAAUUAACGUAUGCUGGAGAAGGCAGAGACUAAGAUGCCUUAGGAGGAAACACAGAUGCAUUCUCAGAGAAACUGUUUUAACUUGUUUGAGAAGAUAGUUGAAACUGGAACUCCAGAGUUAGAUGCUAGAACACAUUGGGACUGAAAAUAAAGACGUUCAGGCAAGGCCACUAACCCCAGAGCUACUGAUAUCAGGAACGUCCUUAAGCAGAUAUUUUUAAAUUCUCUAUAAUUUGGUUUUUUUGUAUGAAUAUGUAGUAAAUUGGGUAAACUGAAGUUCACUGUAUACUUAAAUUAUACCACUGUAUUUUCUUCAUUGAUUUCAUAUGUAUGAUUUAGUAAACGGCUAUUUACUUAUUCUUGUGCUUUUAACUACUCAUUUUCUACACUGAGUCAAGUCUAGAACACUGGACAUUCUCGUUAUCUCUUUAUAUAUAUAUAUUCAUAUAUGUAUAUAUGAGUAGGCAUUGAUUCUAUAUCUAUCUCUUUCUAUAUAUAGGAAUAGGUAUUGAUUCUUUAACUGUCUGUUCGUCUAUCUGUCUACCUACCUAUCUAUACUUCCCAAACUAGGUGUUUCUCUGAAUUUUCUUGCAUCAUUCAUUUUUAACUUCUCUGUGCCUCAAUGUCAUUAUCUGUAAAAUUGGGGUAACAGUAGUACCUAUCUCAUAGUUGGUUGUGAAGAUUUCAUAAAACAAUAAUGCCAAGUGCUUAGCACCAUGCUUGACACAUGGACUGGAUAAAUAAUUACUGAAUAAAUGAACCAUAUUCCAGGUUACCCAAACUCAAAAUAUUGGAGUAACUUUUUUCUUGCCUCCCUCAUAUUCAGUCAGUGAUCUCUGUUAGUUCUUAGAAUCAUAGGAUUUUAGGUCAGAAAAUUGGGAUCAUAAUCUCUGCCCUU